AUCGCUCCACAGCACAUGGGGUGUUUGGAGAGGGGCUAAAGCACUGGAGCUGCGCAGCAAAUACCCCCCAGCAGAGCCGUCUCUCAGGACAGAGACGCUAUGUCGAGGCUCUGGAUUAUGGUCCUUGUUCUGCUGUGGAUUCCAGUCAUGGCCAUCGCACAGCUCCCAGGCAAUGCCCAGUGCCCUGUGAACUGCUCCUGCUUCUUCUCCCAGUGGUUUGUCCGGUGCUCCAAUGCCAGCUUAUCCUCUCUUCCCCCUGGCAUCCCCAAUGCCACCGUGGAGCUCGACCUGCAGCACAACCAGUUCAGCACCCUCUCAGCAGGCUUCUUCCCAGAACUGGCUGAGAUCAGCAUCAUUUACCUUGGCAGCAGUGGCAUCCACCAGGUUGAGCCGGGGGCUUUUCAGGGGGUCAAGAAUCUGUACCAUCUCCACCUGGACAACAACCUCCUGGAGCAGGUCCCAGAGGGUGUCUUUGAGAAUCUGACAAAUCUGAUCUUCCUGCACCUGGAGCACAACCAGAUUGCUCACCUCCUGCCAGGUGGGUUCUCUUCUCUGAAGCAGCUCAGUGUCCUGGACCUGAGUAACAACCUGCUGCUGGAGCUCUCCGACCAAGCCCUUCACGGCCUCCCGCGGCUGCGUCAGCUCUACCUGAGUGCGAACCGUAUUACCAAUGUGUCCAGCAAAGCCCUCCCAGGCACCCUGCGGGCCCUCAGCCUAGACGGGAACCAGCUAGUGAGCGUGCCCGCGGCCAUCCGCACCUCUCCCAUGCUCUCCACUCUACAGCUGAGUGGUAACCCCAUCCGGAAGCUGACGUCUCUCGCCUUUGGGAGGAGGCUUCGGUCCCUAAGGCAGCUGUUCCUGGACAGCCUGGCCCUGGAGCAGAUCACCAACUUGGCUUUCACCAGGCUCCGCUGGCUGGAGCUGCUGAGCCUGAGGAACAACAGCCUGGAGUCGCUUCCGCCUCUGUCCUCCCUGAAGUCGCUCUCCACUCUGUAUCUGACUGGGAACAAGUGGCGCUGUGACUGCAAACUGAUCUGGCUCCGCACCUGGCAGAAGAAGGUGCUCCGGAAAGAACGCAGCCCCGUGGAGUGCAGCUCCCCGGGGGCGCUACAGGGACAGCUCCUGGUGGACAUAGAGUUACAGAAGCUGACUUGCCCACCUUUUGGGAUGGACUCCACCACCCUCAGCCCCUCUGAGAACACGAAUACACCCACGGCCAUUGCUCCACCCAGAGACAUACCUCUCCCAGGGGCUGCUACCACAGCUACUGCCACGACCUCUGCCGCCCUGAUCACCACGAGGAGGCUCCCCAGCUCCACCACGCGCUCAGCUACCUCCCUUCACCGUGUGCCGGAGAGGUGGGACCCAUGCUUGGCCGACCACAUCAGCAGCAUCAGCAUCAGGACAAAGGGUGACACCUCCCUGGUGGUUUCCUGGUCUUUCUCCGGUGACCACGACCAAUUUGAGGUGCGGUACACGGCCGGCCGGGAUGAGCAGGUGCUGCGGGUGGUGGGAGGGUUGGCCGAGGUGACGCUCCACGAUCUCCGCGGGGGGACCGAGUACAGAGUCUGCGUCAUCCCCCAGAAUGAGAAUCUGCUGGAGUGCCAGGCCCCUGCCGUCCGGCAGUGCAAAGCAGAGCGCACUGCCGGCCUUCCUAGUGACACACAGCCCGUGCACGCCCCGCUCGGCCACAGCCACUCGGCCGUGGGUUUCGGCGUCGCUGUCGCUCUCCUAGCACUCGCAGCACUGGCCCUGGCUGUCACCUACAGACUGCGGACACGGCCGAUCCAAUUCCAGCGCUACUAUGAUGAAGAUGGGUCACCCCUUCAUCGCAGGAGCAGCAACCAAGCCAAGAUGACCACGGACCCAGUUGACGAGAGCAUGGAGGACGAGGACUGGCACAGUUAUGUGACAGCUGCCGGCCGGUGCCCAGAGGAGAAAGUAGACUGCACUGUGUCUGCCCCACCCAGGCUCACACUCACAUCCACACCCACGUAUGUGACUCUGUGAUUCUAACUGCUUCCCGGCAACCUACGGCUGAGCAGGAAUUGCCUCAUGGGGUCUGCCACUCACCCAGGGACCUGACACCAUAGAGCCCCGAGGAGUAAACCAGACAGUUCUGUAACCG